UCAAAAUUUUUCAUUGGCUAACAAAACAAGAAAUUGAAUUGAUAAACAUGGAUGUUAAUAACAUUAAACCUGAACCUUUAAUUCGUCCAGCAAAAUUUAAUAUUGUCUUUACUCAAACUGAUUCAAGUCCUAAAAUGAGUUCAUCGUCAGUAUCAUCAAUGGGGAAUCCAGUUCUUCCAGCUCUCGUGACUACUCAGAGCCAUGGAAUUACUUCAGCUUCUGACUCAUCAGUAGCAACGCCACGAGUUUCUACUUUGAGUUCUAACUUAUUUAUGCCCAGUGGAUCACAGACUAAUGCAACGUCAUACUCAUACCCAACGUAUCCUGUGUGGUACGCUCGUUCUUCGACUGCUCGAGUGUCUUAUGAUACACCUGGAUAUGCUUCUGUCUCAGCAGUAGCUUCGUAUAACGCUAUUUGUCCAUUAACGACUGUUUCAAACACUCCCGCUGCUUCAAUGCCAUCUACUUCAUCAGUUACUUAUAGUUCUUCAAUUGUACCUGCUUCGUCAGUGGUUUACUCUUCAUCAGAAGCUUCUGUAUGUCCAGUUAAUCCUACUCCUUCAGUAGCUCUUAAAUCUCAAGCAAUCUCUACUUCAAUGAUUCCUUUACCCCCAACUAAUUAUGUAGCUCCGUCAGUAGCAUCUUCGGUAGGUCCAACUAAUCCUGCUCCUUCGGUAGCAACUUCAUCAGUAGCUUCUGUACGUCCAAUCAAUCCUGUUCCUUCAGUAGCAUCUACAUCAGUAACUCUUAGGUCUCAAAUAUUCUCUACAUCAAUGAUCCCUCUACCUCCAACUAAUUAUGUAACUUCUUCAAUAGCAUCUUCAUCAGUAGCUUCUGUACGUCCAAUUAAUCCUGUUCCUUCAGUAGCCUCUACAUCAGUACCUGUUAGGUCUCAAGUAAUCUCUACGCCAGUGACUCAACCUCCUCUACCUCCAACUAAUUAUGUAGCUUCUCCAGCUGCAUCUUCAACAAUUCCUACUUCUCAACUAACUGCAAUUCCUCCAACUCGAGCUGUUGAAGCAGUACCUGAUCGGCAAAUAAGAUACUCCAUUCAGGACUAUGAUGACGAAGAUUACGAUGACUACGAAGAUGAUUAUGUGCCAAGAUACAGAAAUCGAAACAGAAAUUAUUAUGACUAUGGAGAUGAUUAUGUUCCGAGAUAUAGGAAUCGGAACAGAAACUAUUAUUAUUUUAAUCGCAAUCGUAAUCGUAUCAUGACUAGGGACACACAUAUUAGAUUUUAUCGUGGUAAUAAUGAAUACAAUUUCUAUUUCAGCCGAGGCGAUACUAUAAUAUAUAACUUUUUUUAAGUAGUGCUAUAAAUAUUUUUAUAACUAGUACUAUAGUUUUCUAAUUAUAAGGAAGCACUAUAAUUUUUUUCAUUCAUUUUAUUUCUCUAAAUAUGUUAGUAUUUAAAAAAAAAAGGAUUCUUAUUUAUUUAAUUAUUGCAACAUAAUUUUAAAGCUCGAUAACGCAACAAAUAGCGAAUAAUAGAUUACAUAGAUGAUGUUUGCAUGAAAAGGUUUAAAACCUUUUAUUUAGUUUGUAAUUUUUAUUCAAACGAAGUUUCCAAACUCAUGUGAUAGAGAAGCUUCAUUACUAUCCUGCGGUCCUAAUAUAUAUUCUAUAAGUUAUCGAAAGUGAAAUUAUAUGCUCGAUGAUCUGACUCACUAAAUAAUCAUCAAUAAAUACCUUUGUAUAAUCGAUGAGUUUAAAUUACCAUAAU